AUGGGUACUGGAAAAACGAUUGUAUUGGUUGAUGGUGAAGCACCACCACGAUUUAUACCAUCUACACGUUUUACAUUAGCUUUAUUGGUUUGUUUUGCUUUUAUCAUACAAUAUUCUCAACGUGUGAAUUUUCCAAGUGUAAUUGUAUGCAUGGUUAAUCGUACAAAAUCAAGUGAUAAUUUAACACAUAUAACAAGUACGAUAAGUACCAAUAUUGGAAAUGAUCCAAAUAAAAAUUUUAUUGAUGUACCAACAACAAUAAAACCAAUCUUAACAACUAUACAAAAAAGAGGAUUUCUUAAAGAAAAACAGUUCAAUUGGAUUGAGCUACAACAACAAAUCCUUUUAGGAGGCUAUUGGGCGGGAUAUAUUUUUACACAAGUGCCGGGCGGAUGGUUCGCAACAAGUAUAGGAGCAAAAUGGGUUUAUGCUUGUUCACUUAGUACAAGUUCUGUUGCUACUCUUGCUUUAACAAUAAUGUAUUUCAUGUCGAGUACACACUUUAUUCUAAUGUUUAUUCUUCGUUUUCUUAUUGGUCUUGCACAUGGUGUACUUUUUCCAGCAACAAUAGCACUUUGGUCAGUUUGGGCUGUUGCAAAAGAACGAAGUACACUUGUAUCAAUUGGUUUUUGUGGUACACAAUUUGGAACAUCGUUAACAAUGCUUUUUGGUGGUCUUUCAUGUGGUUAUUUAUAUUCAGGCUGGAUGUAUAUAUAUUUGUUAACAAGUAUUCUUGGUUUUGUCUGGUUUGCACUAUGGGUAACAUUUACAGCUAAUUCACCAAGUGAACAUCAAACAAUAAGUAGUCAUGAACGAGAUUAUAUUUGUAAUUUAACUGGACAUACAGGUAAAAAACGUGCAAUAUCAUUAGCGUCCGUACCAUGGAAAAAUAUAGUUACAUCAAAACCAUUAAUUGCACUAAUUAUUACUCAUAUGUCAAAUUUAUUUGGUUUAUUUUUCUUUUUAACAAAUCUUGCUAAAAUUUUACGAGAACUUCAUGGUGUACCAGCACAAUAUGCUGGCUUUAUAUUAUCAUGUGGAUUUUUUCUUACAUUUUUAACUAGUUUAACAUCAGGUAUACUCGUUGAUAAACUUGUUCGAUCUAAAGUUAUGACAUUAACUAAUGCAAGAAAAUUAUUCAAUUCCAUAACAUCAUUUGUACCUGUUCUAUGUAUGAUAUCACUUUGUUUUUGUGAUGAAUCAAGACGAGUAUUAGGCGUUAUUACAAUACUUGUCUUUCUUGCUGCUUCUGGUCUUGGUUAUGGAAGUGGUUAUUCUGUAAAUUUUGCUGAUAUUGUUCCAGCAUAUUCAGGUGUUAUUUUUGGUAUUGCAAAUACAUUUGCAUCAUUAGCUGGUUUUAUUGGAAAUCUUGUUGCUGGUAUUGUUGUUAAAGAACCAGUAUUAGAACAAUGGAGAUAUUUAUUUAUUAUGUUUGGUAUUGUUUAUUUUAUUGGUGGUUUGGUAUUUUUAUUAUUUGGUUCAGGUGUACCACGUAAAUGGGCUCAAUUUCAACCAAAUACAGCUAAAGAAGAAGUGAAACUUAAUGAUGAAGAAAUGGUACCAAUGAACCAAAAUGAUCAAGUUAAAGCUUAA